AGCCUUAUUUCUCCACUAUAGUCCUCCGCACGAGCUUUUCUCCCUCUAAAACCCUCCUAAAACCCUAGUCUUGUCAUCUUUCAUUCCCUUCUUUAAUCGAUCAUGUCCAAGGCAUUGCAUCAACUGAAGAAGCACAUCGACGUCUCCAACCCCAAGACCUGGAUCGUAAUUGCAGCCGGCGUCGCCGGGAUCGUCAUUCUCGUUGAGACCCGGAGGCGAAAGCGGAGAGCCACGUUGCUGACGAGAGAAGGCUUGGGCGCUUUCGUCGAGCGCUUCGAGCUUCUUCCCUUCCCCCAACCGCCUCCUCCUGCCUCUCGGCUCUUGCUUUCUGGCUUUAAAUUUGCGGUCACUGACAUAUUUGAUGUGAAGGGCUAUGUGACUGGGUUUGGGAGCACGAGUUGGAAGAGAACGCACGAAGAGGCUACGAAGACUGCAGUGGCGGUGACAGCCCUGUUGAAGAAUGGGGCUACUUGUGUUGGCAAGACUGUCUUGGACGAAUUGUCUUUCGGAAUAACUGGUGAGAACAUGGAUUUUGGAAGCCCGGCAAAUCCAGUCUUGCCAUCACAUAUACCCGGAGGAUCUUCUAGUGGGUCAGCUGUGGCUGUUGCAUCUCAACUUGUCGAUUUUGCUAUCGGUACUGACACAAUUGGUGGUGUGAGAGUUCCUGCAUCAUUUUGUGGAAUACUUGGAUACCGACCAUCUCAUGGAGCUGUAUCUACAAUUGGAGUUCUUCCAAGUUCACAAAGUUUGGACACUGUUGGAUGGUUUGCCCGUGAUCCUUCUAUUUUGCACCGUGUUGGGCACAUUCUACUUCAAAUAAACCCAGUGGAACCGAGAAGGGUAAGGAACCUUAUGAUUGCUGAUGAUCUCUUUCAGCUUUCUAAGGUUCCGAAGCAGAAAACAGUACAUGUUGUUAACAAAGUAGCUGAAAAUCUAUCUGGGUACCAGCCUCCAAAGCAUGUCAAUUUUGGUCAAUAUAUUGCAUCAAAUGUACCCAGUCUAAAAGGAUUCCAUGAGCAGUCAAUAAAUGUGAAAAAUGGAAUAUCUGCUUUGAAAGCACUCUCUUCUGUGAUGAUUUCUCUACAAAGAUGUGAAUUCAAAACAAAUCAUGAAGAGUGGGUUAAAUCAGUCAAACCCAGGUUAGGACCUGAAGUCUCUGAUCGUGUUCUUGCCGCGAUUAACACUACCCAUGAGAACAUUAAAAUUUUUUAUAAAGUCAGGACUGAAAUGCGAGCUGCCCUUCAUAGUCUCUUAAAGGAUGAUGGAAUAUUAGUAAUUCCUACAGUUGCAGAUCCUCCAUUAAAGCUUAACUCAAAGAAAGCAGUGUUCUCUGAGUUCCAUGAUAGAGCAUUCACUUUACUGAGCAUAGCAAGCAUGUCUGGGUGCUGUCAGGUUACGGUUCCACUUGGAAAGCAUGAAGAUUUUCCCAUCUCUGUUUCAUUUAUUGCAUUUCAUGGUGCUGAUAAAUUUCUUCUUGAUACUGUCUUGGAUAUGUACCCAUCCCUUCAAGAGCAAGCUAGUAUUACAUCCAAUUCAUUGCCAUUGCCAGAUACCAAUGGUGACAUGGAUGCUUCUGAACUUUUGAAAGAAAAGGGAAAUGCUGCAUUUAAGGGGAGACAGUGGAAUAAGGCUGUAAAUUACUACACUGAAGCUAUCAAGUUGAAUGAGACAAAUGCAACAUACUAUUGCAACCGGGCAGCUGCUUACUUAGAAUUAGGAUGCUUUCAACAAGCUGCGGAGGAUUGUAGUAAGGCAAUAUUGCUUGAUAAAAAGAAUGUGAAAGCAUAUCUGAGACGUGGGACUGCUAGAGAAUCACUUCUCUGUUACAAGGAGGCUGCUCAAGAUUUCAAGCAUGCUCUUGUUCUUGAGCCACGGAAUAAGGUUGCUAGUCUUGCCGAAAAAAGAUUAAGAAAAUUGAUGAGUCGAUGAUAACUUUCUGGGCUUUUGCUCUUCCUCUCCAACUUUUGGGAGUGACAGAUGAGGAUUCAAUACAAGGUUUUGUAACUUUUUUCUUCUCAGCCUUUUAGAGGAGAUAAAAAAUAAAGGGAAACAAAGAAAAAUGCGAGGUUGGUAAGCUAUAUUCAAGGGCUGCUUGAUUUUUGUGUAUAGUUGAUAGUGUAAUUAUUCUUAUUUUGGAACCCUUGUUUUAGUUGAGGAACAUUAACAAAAGUGAAUUUCAGCUGCUUACCUGCAUUUGUUACAUUCCAAAGCAAAAAAGUUUUUGCUUUGUUCUUUUUGGCUGCUCUUUUUAUUUUGUGCCUUUAUAGAAGGAAUCUUGAACCGGAAGCUACUGUUAAGGUGGUUUGCGAGGAUGGAGUGUUUGUUGUGGAAUUGAACUAGUGGUUUCACAAACAAAUAUCCAGAAGAGCUGCAGAAUAUGUGGUUUUCAGUAACCAAAGAUGCUUGUAAUGAAUCAUGAAUCUAAUACUUUGGGCCUCUUUUGCUUCCUCAUCUGGUGUGUGCAAAACCCUUGACCAAAGUAUUCCUAUCUUUAGUUGUAAAUUGCCUGAUGUGGUUGUUGCCUGUAGGCAGUGGCAAAUUCAACUGUUAUGUGAGAGAUUAAACACUGUUUGUACAGCCAUUUUGAAAUAAAAUCUGAACUGAAUUUGAUCUCA